CUACUUUCGGUAUAUGACGUGUGUUGUGAAUGGGUUUCCCCGCUAAUCAUUCACAGCUCGAUCCAGACUGCUCAGCUAGCGAAGUUGGGUUUUCCAUUACAUAGCAUUGUAAACAACCCGGACUCGCUGCACAGACCAACAGCACGAAGAAGAAAGAAUGUUUUGACGAUUCAAUAACACUUUUCAGAAUUCAGAGGAUUUAGUUUAACAAUGGCCGCUGGGGAAUCAAGCUCAGACCGUAUGGUGGAUGAAGAACAUCAUGAUAAUACCGCCCAAACAAAGCGACGACUGGGAUGUGUUAAACCACGAACCCUGGGCCUGUUUUUCGUCGUUUCAAUUCUCAUUAACUUUUUGUUGGUGUCGAUAAUGUUAGGACUUUUGCUUGCUGGAAAAUUGGCUUCAGUGGAAGAACCAGGAACCGACAGUCAGAAUGGUGAAAACGUGAACUUAAAAUCAGGCUCGAAGGUAUCCUCAACGAGAAAGGGGUCAACGUUCGACCCCCCGGAACUGGACCAAGUUUGUAUUCAGUGCGACCCCGGGAAGGGCGUCCAACUUGAUCUCGUAACACUAUACCCGGUGAACAAUGGGACCAAACCCCUGUGCUGCAAAGAAUACACAGCUAGUGAACUUGACAGUGAUAUGGCAAGAACGCGUACCAGUCCGAAGUUUGGGCUUACCCUAUCAUACGAUGACUAUGGAUGUCCGCCAGUCCUAGAUGGGAGUGUUAUGCCCGCCGGCCUGGUGUUCUUGGACUUUGAAGGAAGCUCAGACAGUGGAUUACGUUGGACAGAAUAUGACGGGUCUUACUUGAAAGGGGAAGUAACUCUAUCGAGAAUCGCCUCCUACACUAUGUUGACAGUUCCUGAAGACGGCCUGUAUGUUGUUUAUAGUGAUUUGGAAUUUAGAGGAAGUAUCGAUUCUGAUGGCGAUGUGAACAAAGUGAAUAUUCAAGUACAUUCCUUGGUACGAUAUCCAAACAAAGUCGUGCAAAUGCACAGAUUUUCACUUAAGGAAAAUGAUAUAAAAAAGAGUGUGGCGACAGCCGUUCUCCAACUAAAUGCCCAAGACGCCAUCUUCGUCGCCGUUAAAGACAUGAGUUAUAUAUAUGACGACUCUAAAAUAAACAGAUUCGGUUUAUACAAGUUACAUUAGUAUUUGUGAUAUGACGUCAUUGGAUUGUAUCGGAUCAGCUGCAUUACCUACGGUACCGUUAUGUAUGGACUGUUCGUUCAAAACUACUUUAGUGCUAUGUCUAUUCGUGACACACUUGCCGAACCGAAUUUCGGGUGUGACCCAGUCCGGCGUUCAAAUCACGUUACUUUUAACAGGGACAGACUGAGACUUGUGAUGGUUACAUCAAAACCUGGACGUCUUUCACAAUUUUGCUGUGGUUGUGCUUUGAAGCAAGUAACCAAUCAGCAUACAGAUUAUUGCAGCUGAACCGUCGGCAGAUCUCGUGCGCAAUAUCAGCGCAACUCGACCCUCUUAGGUAGCUAGGUUGCGCUAAUGAAUAUUUUCGAAGCCAAGCCUAACGGCGAGCAUACAAAAUUAUGGAACCCAGUGAAGUCAAACUCAUGGGGCACUCCAAUCUCUCGCGGGAGCAUUCGUCACAUCUCGGCAGGUUCCGUCAUACACCAAGGUACCGGAACCACCGGAUAUUAACCGAAUGAUCAAUGAGGUGGCGCCGAUAUCCUCUCUUGUUGUCUAUCCCGGGUGAUAAAACUCAACCUCUUACUGGACAUUCGCAAAAUGGGAUAAAAUGAUAGAGAGGAAUACUUUUUGAAUCGACCACUUGUACGAGUUAAAUGUUUGUUGUAUUGUUUAGAUUUAGUGACCGAUGAUUACAAUUACUUAUAUACAACACUGGAAAAGCGGAUAGCUUUAAAACAGUAUUGUUAUCUCUGACGUUUUGUAUGUUGACACGUGUAAAUAUAUUCUGUAAACGUGGUUAUUUUCGCAGGGGGUUAAUUUCUUGAUUUCAAUGUGUAAACUAUAUGCGUUGGGGUGUAAUUUUCGCGAUCGACCCACCUUCGUUUGUAGUUCGAGAUUACGCAACUUGAUAUCAAAAUAAUACGUGUGUGGGUAAUCUUCGCGAUCAAAAUGACUCCGCGUAAUUAGCGUAAAUUUCCCCCUCGCUUAAAUUUCCACAUUUACAGUAAGAUAUUAUGUAAUUCAGAUGUUUAUUUAGUCUGGAUGACUGUUUAUCGUAUACUCCAGUGAUUCGUUUAUGAUGACUCGAUGUGUGAAAAUGUAUGUCCCCGUGAAUAUGUUUCUUGUGAUAUCAGAAACAAUAACCUGUCUGUUCUCACCUUUAGCAUACCUCCCUUGGAUACUUGUACUGUAGAUUGCGUAUAUUUUGCAAUACUUUAUUUCGCGGUCUUACCUCUUCAGACAUAUUCUCGAAUAUGAUUUCGCGAACGCUGAUCCAGAAAUGACUUUAAUUCGCGAAUAAUGAGCUUUAAGAGUUUUGGACUUCGCAAAACACCUUUAUCGGUACCUGAUAGGUUGGUCGGCAUCCAAAGAUUUUAUUUUUGUACAUAAUUUUAAAUGAUCUGAAUUCGCCGUUGACACUCCUCGCGAAAUACCGCGAAAAUCAAUCCCACGCGAAAAAUAAGUGAUUUACAGUAAUUACUAUAUACAUUGUACAACACAUACUUUAAAGAUACAAUAGUACUUUUUCUGUACGCAAGAUGGCGCUGGUCGCAUCAUUCAUCUAUUAUAAAUUCUUGCCGUACGUAAUACACUAUGGACAGUACUCGGGUACUUCCCUUGAAUACAAAUCUGACCAUCAAGUCCCAAACCAUUGUCAUUGUACUUACCAUUGUCGUUGUACUUACCAUUGUCAUUGUACUUACCAUUGUCAUUGUUCUUACCAUUGUCAUUGUUCUUACCAUUGUCGUUCAUGUAUUUGUUUACCUUUGGUGAUAUCUCAACAUUGAAAUGUUUAAUAAAUGUUGUUGUUAUUUUCAAA